GUUGAGAAUCGCCGGCCAUCGGGUAACCAAGGGAAACCCGUCCGAAUUCAACAGGGACACCCCGACGGCUUCCGACGUCCAGGACACAGCGGCCAUGGUGGUGGUAACAGCAGCAGGCUCCGCGGGGCCCCACAAGGUGCUCCUCAUAUCCGGCAAGCAGGCCGGCUCGCAGGCGGGCUUCAACCGGCCGAUCUCCGUCGUCCUGCCGUCCUCCAGCCCGGCGUCGUCGGACUCGGAGUCCAACUCGUCCGCGGGGCCUCCGAUACGGAAGAGGCAGAGGCUCACCCACCUGAGUCCGGAGGAGAAGGCGCUUCGCAGGAAACUGAAGAACAGAGUCGCAGCUCAGACAGCCAGAGACCGGAAAAAGGCCAAAAUGGGGGAGCUGGAGCAGCAGGUCGUGGAGUUGGAGCUGGAGAACCAAAAACUUCACAUCGAAAACAGGCUCCUUCGGGAAAAAUCGAGUGGCCUGCUGACCGAAAACGAGGAACUGAGACAGAGACUUGGGUUGGACACCCUCGACUCCAAGGAGAAUGUUCAGGUUUAUCUGUCCACGGGGAACGAAGCAGGUUUAGGGAUCGGGUCUUCUGAGUCUGCAGCACUCAGGCUACGUGUGCCUCCGCAGCAGGUGCAGGCCCAGCAGUCCCCAAAUCUGAAGACUUCUCAAUGGAUUCAGAUGAUCCUGACACUACAGACCAUGAGUCUGAUCUGCUCAUGGGCAUUCUGGACAUCCUUGACCCAGAGCUGUUCCUCAAGUCCUGCGAGCAGGAGUGCCCAGAACCGCAGGUGCUGCUGGUCGGAGGGGGGCACCCAGUACCUGCCGCCGCACCUGCGCCUCUGGGGGCCCCAUCAGUUAAGCUGGAGGCCCUUAAUGAACUGAUCCACUUUGACCACAUCUACACGAAGCCCGUGGAGGAGGUGGGCGGCGGCGGGCAUCGCGACGGCUCUGAGAGCGACACCGAGGAGGAGGAGGAGGACGAGGUGGUAGUAGUGGUGGUGGAGGAGGAGGAGGAGAAGAGCAGCAGCGUCGAGGCAGACUUCCCUGUCACAGGUGAUGACGACCUGGUUGCUGAGGAGACGGUCUGCGUCAAAGACGAGCCGGAGGACGAGGUCAUCGCCAGCUGUGACGCUCACAGUCCGGCGGAUGACUUUUUCUCCGGAGUCUCCCCCGCGGCCCUCGGCGGCCUGGACAAGGAAGCCUGCCUGGCGGACACCUACAGCGACUCUGGAUACGAAGGGUCCGCGUCCCCUUUCAGCGACAUGUCCUCGCCCCUGUGCUCCGAGAGCACCUGGGACAACAUGUUCGCCAAUGAACUCUUCCCCCAGCUUAUCUGAAUCGACCCCCCAGCCCAUAAGUUUAAAUGAAAUAUACGUAGUUCAAUAACUGCAGAUAAGCACACAAUGCUUCAUGGCAACGAAGGACACCACCUAAUCCGCGUGUGUGUGUGUGUGUGUGGGGGCCGAAGUUAAGCACAUAAUCUCCCUUUUUUAAAUGUUUUUAUUACAGCAGGUCUGUAUCAUUUGGCGAUGCUGCACUGACUUGCGGGAGAUGGAGUUCAUGGCGGCUUAUUUCGGCUUUAAGAUCGAUAACAAAUCUUUCCCUCGCUGUUGAAAACGACACGUGGGUGGAAUCCAGUAUUUCUGUAAAUGAAUAGGGGGGGAUGAGGGGAGGGGGGGGGCGACCAUUUAAAUACAAGCUUUUUAUUUAUUUGUCUGUUCUGAUUCAGAGUCAUUGUAUGUCCACAUGUAAAGACGCUUUCUUCUAAUUGUCGACGCUCUCCACGUAGUCUUAAUUACUGCAUUAAAAAACUUUUUGCAUUGCA